AUGGCGUCCAAAAAGCGAAAGGUCGACUUUUCGGCCGAAGCUAUCUUGAGCGAAAUUAGCCAGGCUCGUGAAUUCGCGCAAAAUGUGCAACAGUUUCGGGAAAGUCUUAGUCUAGUGAAGAUAAAAGAAAUGCUGGGAACGGUGCAGACGGUUAACUUCGACGUCGCCGGCUUACUUGCACUCCUUCUCGGAUUCGAUGUAGUCAUGUGGACCAUGCUUGCAAUUAACCACGUCCCAAAAGCGUUCGACCGUUACAAGAAGUCCCGUAGUGGCAUUAUUCACAAAAUAGUCGAUUUCCUUUGCCCUCAAAGAGGGCUCACGCUUGAGAUUAUGGAAUAAGUCGUCACCUUUCUCGACGAAUUUGGUUCCAACUGGUCCUUUUUGCGAACGAUUACACCAGCGAGUUUGAAACGGCGUUGUUCCGGCUAAAUGGCAGUGGCAAAGUAAAUUUUAGUAGGUUCAUAGCACCUCCCGUGACGGACUGCCUCCACUGUGGAUCAAUUCUCAUCGCUCCAAAUCCACCAAGCAGCGGUAUUGUGUACACAUUGCGGGGUCCACAACCGUUAACAAAGCUUAACCUACGAUGCCAAGACUGCAAGGUAAGUUUACCAGUUCCCAGUCCCGCCGCGUAGCACCCAACGCAGCUAGGUAAUGUUAUCCGAGAAUUCUUCGUUGUCACUGUCACGCAAUAAACACGGCAAAAACAAAUAAAUUAGAAACCGCCCAGUGGAAGAAGCCAAGAAAACGAAAUGUUAUGAAAAAACUAAUUUAUAAACAAUUGUCGAAAUCUCAGGUCUCUGUGGCCCACAGUUUCUGAGUUAUUUGGCGAAACGUUUCACGCACCUUUGUAGAGCUUUUUGUAUGGAGACGGCAAUUUCAACUUGUUCACGGCAAUUUCAAUUUGCUCACGGAAUGUGAAUUUUUUAACGGCAACGCUCACGGCGUUUUUUCGCUUCGCUCACCACCUGUCAAUCAACUCAGUGGAAUCGUUUUUAGGACAUACUUUUCCUGAUGUAGUUCACUAAUUUUUCUAACAAGGUGAAUGGAGCAACGAGGCAAACAAACUUAAUUACAACUGAGGUCAUAAUUUUGCCUAGGCAAAGAGUAGCGAUUUGAGUACCGGCGAUGUGGGCAAUCUGAAUUAAGGUUUUCUUGUUCAUUUAAAAACUUUUUUUGGUAUUGAUCACCUGAAGCAAAAGAAUGAAUACAAAAAGAAGGAAUAUGUACAAUUAAGAGACCAUUCUCUUAAUCGAAGAUGCUUUCUGACACCUUUUUUUUUUAUUUCACUGUACGUAAGCUUUAUUGUGUAUUUGUCAAUAACAAUCAAAACUGAUUUUAGAGUAUGCAUUUCAUUAUUUUUUUUAUUAAAAAAAAAAGGAUAUAAAAAAGGAUAUUUCUCUUACAUACAGUGUAAAUCCACAGUUACAAUGUAGUUACAUUUGCUGUUUCUUAUUUUUAUACUAGGUAUCAUAUGGUUAUUCCAUGAUGACUAACACAAGUGGUGGCUCGUAUUACUAUCCCAAGGAGUUAAACAGUACUUGUGAUUUACUAGAAGUCUCUAAUGUCACAUACAUGGAGAAAAAGUUAUAUUGCUGGCUUCCAUCGCUAAUGUAAGUUUAUAGUGGAUAAAAUAUUACACGGUGUAUUCAUUCAUGUUUAUAUGAUCCAGUCUGUGUACCGCAUUAAGUAACAAUUUAUUGUCACAGACUUGAUGAGUCAAAGGCUUUGGUAAGAUUUCCGCAUAGCCCCUUCUGAGAAAUUCAGUUCAUGAUUAGCUUCAUAUGCAGCUGACAAUAAGGUGUACUAACCAUAUUAAAAUAUGCCACACGUAUUUCUUUUUUUCAGAAAUCACUGUUUCGUAUCAUUUGAGGGUUUUUCGGUCUCCUAUAAUGAAACAUACAGUGAAGAGAUUAAAAGAAAUUUCGAUUCAGGUAAAUUUUCAAUCAUCCAUGCUUGCCAAGUUUUGUUUCUAAAUCAACAAGUUCUUUUUAAUUCCUUCUUUGGGUUUGUUAGGCGUUGUCACAGGAGAUUCCUCUGAAGGCCAAGAUAAGGCUGGCUGUCAAGAAACUGUUGGGGCUGGAUUCUCAGAUGGUAUUUUAUUUACCGUAUUUAUUUAAAAGAAGUACUCCAACUGUGUCUAAUUAUUACUUCUUAAUAUUGUUAUAAUAUUGUAGUAAGAUUUAAAGAAAAGCAGCUAACACACUAUUAUUAAAGAAUAAUAGUAUUGUGUAUUGUGUGCGAAGUAAUACCAGACAAUGCACAGAAAAAAAAGUUUGCCAGCACUAGCCACGACAAGCAACCACACCCGAAUGCAAUGACCUGCCCUCAAGAAAAUGGCUGUAAAAUGACCCAUAAAUCUUGCGAAGUGAUCAGGGCGCCCCCGCAUAUAUACGACAAGAGACAGCUGGCCAGCGCUGUCUCAGGUUUAACUUAGCCUAAAUUUCAUAAUAUGUGCCCACAUGCAAAAAUAAAAAGAAAGCCUGUUAAAAUAUACAUAUUUGUAGAUGAUUCCAUUACAGACUCUUCUCUGUAUGAUAUUUUUAUACCAAAGGAUGGAUGUGCCCAGGGCUCAAUUGUUUUAACAAGAAACUAG